UUCCACUCGGUUUUCAUGAUCAAACUUCUUUUGUACGCGUGAAAAGAAACCUGAAAUCGACGUUUGUAAUUCUAAGUAAACAGAAUAGACGUUUUACAUGUUACUCAGUCAACUGUUGUGACUGAUGGGUCGUUUUCUCCAGGUAAAUCUCACCUGUACGGAGGAGUUUAGGAAUUUCUCAGGGAUGUUGAGUGACUUCACACAGCUAUUCAUCAGUUAUCAAAGGAAUGUGACUUUAUCAUCAAAAUUAAAACUCUGAAAGACCUACACCUUUAGUUUGUCGACAUGCAGAUGCUGUUUAGUUUGAUUUGUGUUAUUUUGUUCUUCAUUGCAGGUAAUCUUUGUUUUCUGACCAUCUCACCCACGGGACCCGUAACAGUUGAAGCUCUUGUGGGCACAAAUGUGACGCUCGGUGUGUCUCACACUGGUGCAUUUCAGCCUGAGGUCAUGUGGUUUAUGGGAAGCCGUCUGAUCGCAAAAUGGACCGUUGGUGACGGCUCGAUUCCAGAUGUUGCUUUAGACAUUUUAAAACCAGAACAGGACGGAUCCCUCACCUUCAUUAAUGUGCCCCUUAGUUAUAACAGUACAUACACUGUGGAAAUGACUAAAAUCGGGGAGGCAAAGGUCAGCGCUACAUUCGAUCUCUUUGUUUACGAUAUCAUCAUGAAUGUUUCCCUGCACACCGAUUCAGAUGACGCCAUUGAGGGUGAAUUGAAGUUCACCUUGAAUUACAGCACAAUGCGAGGAGAGGCCAAAGAGGUGAGGUGGCUCUUUAAUGGGCUCCAGUUAAAAAAUGGAUCUCAUUAUUCCAUCGGCGGGAAGAAACUCACUAUUAACCAGCCCAGCAGGAAUGACACGGGUCGCUACACCGUAUUACUAACCAACCCGUUCAGCUCUGAGACGCAUCACAGGAACAUCACAGUGCUGUAUGGACCAGAUCUGCCGGUUCUCAAGGUCAGUCCCACAAAAGCAGUCUUUGUUUCGGGAGAGUCUCUGUUCCUCUCCUGUCAGGCCGAGGGCGAACCGGCCCCCUCCACAUCGUGGUUUUUCAAUGGCGAGUCCAUUGCCACGUCUCCAGCUGGAACAGUCCAUCUCAACAAUGUUAAGACGAGUCAAAGUGGCAUUUAUACUUGCGUGAUGGUCAACACCAGAACUGAGGCAACGCUUGAGAGAAACGUCACUGUAAUUGUCUAUGAGCCUCCCAGCGGCGGUCCGUUGUGUUCAGUUCAGGCUGUGAAUGGAAGCGCAGCGCUGCAGUUCCUCUGUCUGUGGCCAGGAGGCGCUCCAGAAGCACAAGUGUCUUUCCCCAGCCUGAGCGAUAAUGCCAGUGGAUACAGCAAUUGCAGCAUAACUAUAAAUGACAUUCAGAGAUUAAAUGGACAAGAAAUCAUAUGUAAAGCAGAACAUCCUCUGAAUCAGACACAAUGCAGUGUCAUUCCCCGUGGUCCUGUGGAUUUUCUGCCCGUCAUUUUAUCCAGCAUGAGUGAAGAUGAACGGACGAUGGUUGUGAUUCACUGCUCUGCUGAAGCCACACCUGAAGCCCUGGUGCUCUGGAUCAAGAAUGGAGAACACUUGCAAACUGGGUCCAAAUACCAGAUCAGUACAAACACAACUCAGCUGUUCAUUCAUGAUUUUAAUGCCACUUCUACAGACCUGGACACCUACACCUGCACUGCCACCAACCCUCUCGGAAACACAACUGUGGACACUACACUGCUCGGCCCUCAAAUCUCAAAUUCAAGUGUUUUCCUGAGUGAUGAUCAAACAGAAGUAACUCUAACGUGGCAUGUUCCUCUCACCUCUGUUAUUACAGGCUUUGAUAUCCAGAUGAAGGGCCCAGAGCUCUCAAGCCCAUCUCAACCCAAACGCAACAUCAGGUCAGACUUCCGCACCAUCCAAGUGAUGCCGGCCUCUGCUAGAAACACAACCGUCUCAGGACUCGACCCAAAGUCCACUUACUACUUCAGGAUCAUCCCUAAAGCAGGCAGAACCACAGGAGAACCGUCAGAGCAACAUUGGAUUGGACCAGCAGCUGGACUCAGUGGAGCCGCCAUCGCUGGUCUUGCUGCUGGACUCCCCUGCGCUGUUCUUGUCCUCCUCGUUGUGUUGGGCUUCAUCUACUGUGGGACACGAGCAGACCGGAGCCCCAGGUAUCCCGUAUCAAGAGCAGUGGAGAAGGUUGUCAUCUGUCGAUCUACUCUGCUGAGAGGACGACUGAAACCACCGCCUGAGUACAGACUCCAGCAGCCUGAGCGAUCGGGUCCUUUGCCUUCUGUGAACUCGGGCGUGAGAAUGGCCACCACCGUGUGACUCUGAGAGGCUCCCAGAUUCGAACAAGCAUCCCCCACGUGAGCAUCACAGCUGCUGCUGCAACAUGGAUUGUUCUGUAAUUCUGUGUAAAUAAGUGUAUUUUAAUUGUACAUCAUUAGUAUGUGAGCACUAUAUCAAAAUGACAAUGUUUCUGUUAUUUAUUCUGAAAUAAGUAGUAUUAAAAAAAAAAUUUUAUUUAGCAACGAUGCAUUAAAUUGACCAAAAAUCACA